AUGACCAAAGGUCCAGGGUUCGAACCCAACAAUGUGAAUAUGAUCAACAGAAAGCCGGUAUGUGACAGAUGGAGUGAAUGCAGGGAUGUCUGCGACCACGAUAAACUGAAAAAUUUAAUAAACAAAUUGGAUGACCCAGUGCCAUGGAUUGGCGUGUAUAUUGCAGCAGCUUCUGUAGUCUGCUCCCUUGCAAUGGCAGCUGACGCUUUCCACGGUUUUCGUAGUAAAGUGCUGUGGUUCCCAUGUAAGUACUUCUCCUUCAAUGCCAUAUCUUUGACACUAUUAGCUGUCACAUUGAAACUACCAAUCGAUCUUACUGCUAGUACGUUGGGGGUUAGUGAGAUUCUUGCACGGGUUAGUAGCCUCGUUUUCAUGUCAACUGCAAUGGCAAAUUUUAUGACAUCUUUGGGAUCCAUGGAUGAUAAUGAGAUGGUACUAAACCUAGCUGCUUUAGGUAUUAUGAUAAUUACAGUCAUUGGCAAUGCUUAUAUCCACCUUAUUACAGUGUGUUAUUUUGAUGGUGCUCCCCAAAUAAUUUGUGAAGAAAUUGUAGCAACGGGUUUUAUCUUUAUUUCACUUGUUAUGUUUUGUUCCUCGUCUUUGACUGUUCUAACUACCACAAGAUACAUUGAAUGCAAGUACCAAGAAAUGUGCAAAAUAGCUUUAGAUGAAGAAAAACUGGACGGGCCAAAAUUUCCAGUUGACAAAUUGAGACUGGUGGUCAAAAAAUAUUGGGUGAUGGCAGUGACAGGAUGCCCCCAGUUUGUAAUGGCACGUAGUGUGACUUGCACUGCUUCAGGUUUGAUGUGUGUAUUAGCAACCCUCACUUUAGUAGAAGCUCAUAUUCGGAUACCAAAAGUAUACCAAGGACGAGGCUAUGGGUGCGGUACUUUUUCUGCCUAUAAGUGGUCAACAAAAUGGAUCCUAUACGUUCAGUCAAUUGGAGUGGCAUUGGGUACUAUUGUCCCUGCAUUCAGAUGGUUUACUGCCGCCCAGUUAAAGUGUUCAGAUAUAGGCAGGAAAAGCUUCAAAAACGAGUUAAAAAUCGAAACUUAUUGGAAUCAGAGACUUAAGGACUGCAGAGAAAGCUCAUUACCAUUACAAGUUCGACACCACAAGUGGAAAAAACUUCUUCAUGCUGUAAGAAGACUAUUUCUGAAUUGCUGUCUUCGAGUACAGUAUCUAUUGGUUUGGGCGAGCAAACUUGUUCUGCUCAUUUCUGCCUCAUUCUUCCACCACAUCAGGAAGCUGAAGAUAUUUGUCAUUGGUGCUUCUGAUGAUACCAGAGGAUCGGAUUAUGGUGGUGAUGCCCAGUUGGACCUUACUCGUUAUGUUCUUCAACUUCAAGGAGAGCCUGGAAUUCCCGAAAGGACCCUCAAAAACAUCUGGAAUGAGGUGGACGGGAUGACAGAGAAAGGGAAAAGACAGAAGCCGAUCAACCUAAUUGAUCUUAUACAUAAAUCUAACAACUUCAAUGGGGUGAGAGAAUUUGACAACAAUCGAGUUCCAAGUUUACAUUCUCAGGAGCCUCCUAAUAGCUGGUCUCUACCUGUGGUGACUUUUGCAUGCAUCGCAAUUGCACUUCCCAACAUUUCAAACGACAAUGCUAAUCAGUUAGUGAGAAAUGCUGCAGAUGUUGUAUGGGUAGGAGUUGAUUUAAAUUGCAAGUGGCAAGAGAAGGAUCUCCGCAAAUUAAGUCUCCACAGCAGAACCUCCAAGGAAUCAUUAGAAGAGCUUUCCAAUUAUGCUGAAAGGACGGUUAAGAGGUUCCUCGGAGAAGUAAACGAUUUCCUAAUGGAUAAACCUCUGAAUUGGCCUGUUAAAAUUAUAGCUGCAAACUCAAUGUACAGGAUCAGUCAAACUAUUUUGAUGGCCAGUGGCAAUAAUGAAACAGAUGAGGGGUUGUUUGACCAUUUAUCCAUUAUGAUUGCGGAUAUAUUGGCAGCUUCCCUUACCAAUUUACCACAUGUCAUAACUACUAUAUGCCACCAUAAUUCCCAAAAGGAAAGGCAAAAGAGUGUUCGUCAGGCUGCUUUCCUUCUUGGUGAAACAGAAGAAAUUCUACAAAUUCUUCAGCAGCGUGAGAUAUCAAGCUUGGAUCCUAAUAAACCAGCUUACAUUGAUGAGUUGCGUACUUUUAUCGAGGAAGAUAAUGGGAAUUCUCUAGCCUCAGUUCCGAGUAUUGGAAGCGAAACUCAACAAUCCAAUAAAGAACUUCAUUUUGCAAUUAUCUCAUUUUAUUGUUGUGAUGUUCUUCUUGCAUUGUCCCUCAGUUGUUAUAGAGUGUUAACAUUAUCCAUUCUGGAUUAUCUUCCAAGGAUGAGUUUAUCACUCCCAUUUGCACUUUUUAUCCAUGAUAUGGAUUUCUCUCAGACCUCUUCGAGCUGUAAUAAGACUGAUGAUAAGUCCCUUAUAGAAAGCCUUUCUAAUUCUAUAGCACAACAUAGAAAUCAAUUGGUUUCAACAGUUGAUGAUCCAUCACUUCUCUUAUCUAAUGAUAACGGAUGUCGAUGUGCUUUGUCCGAGAAUGUUCUUGGAGAAAUCGCUUUAACCACAACAUUUCUUUACCAACUUCUGUUGCUGUACUAUAUUCUGCUUCUAUUGUAA